AUGCAGUUUCUCAUCCUUCUCUUCUUCGGCCUCGUCCACGGCGAACGCCGAGUGAAUGCUGGGGUGCAGAUGACGGCCGACAUGAAGGCCAGACGGUCCUUCGAGGACGUUCAGCAGACGGAGCCCUCCGCGGCGCGGCUGCAGUGGGUCAAGGAGAAGCUCACCAUCGAGCGGGAGGUCAUCCAGCCAUUCCUGCCACUCGCCCACGGCGUGCAGGAGGCGCCUGCCGAGGGCCGGGCAAAGGUGGCCUUCAUCUUUCUGACGAUGAAGGAUUUGCAGUGGCCGCAGCUUUGGCGCGACUUCUUCCAGGACGCGCCCAGGACCGACUACUCCAUCUACGUGCACCGUGCAGCGCUGAAGGACGCGGAGCAGCGGACGUCCGCCGCGCUGCCGCUGGCGGAGUUUGGGGCCAUCGAGAUCCCGUGGGUGAGGACUGCCUGGUGCGCUCUCUUCGGAGUAGAGGUGGCAAGCUUCUACGCAGCCCUGCAGGAUCCCAACAACGUCCAGUUUGUGCUCGUUUCAGACAGCACCGUGCCGCUCAAGAAGUUCAGCUACGUCUAUGAGGAGCUUGCCGUGGCAUCGCCAGCAACCAGCAAGGUGUGUUUGGCCACGCAAGCCUCCAACCCCUUCGUGUCGCUGGAGCUCGCGAAGCAGGAAGCCAAGAAGAGCUGCGUCUUCCGUGACUUCCUGCGCGGCCUGAACCCGCGAACGUUGAAGCACCACCAGUGGGCGGUCUUCGCGCGAAAGCACGCGGCCUCCAUCGUCAAGUACGCGGACCGGGCCCUGGACAUCUAUGAGGAGGUCUGGACCAAGGCGUCGCCGGAUGUGAACAUGGCAGACGGCUGCAGUGACGAGGCAGUGCCAGUGAUUGCGCUGCUCCAUUCGAUGGACGCGGAGAACCGAAGCAGCGGCAACACCUGGCUGGAUCUAACUCGCCUGGGGGUGGAGCAAAACUGCCUGACCUUUGUGCGCUGGCGGAACUGCUUCACCGGCACGCAGCUGGACCUGGCCAGCCACUUCACAGAGGACAUGGGGGCGCUGUGGCGCAAUUUGGGGGAGGUCGGCGGCCUCAUCACAAGCCCCUCCGAGUUUGACUUCAUGAAGUCGGGAUUGAAGCGUGAGCUCAACGGCUUCCCGCACUUCUUCGACAGCGUCACACACACCUACCUGCAGACCAUGGUGGAGCAAGGCUUCAUGUUUGCACGGAAGUUUACGUCGGGCAUCAACGUGAGCAUGGCGCCUGAAGUGAAAGAGGGCGGCUUGAAUUUGCUGAGUUGGUUCAGCUACUUGGAUGCAAAGGCAGCGAUUCAAUCUGGUGCUGUCAUGUAA